ACGCGGGCGAGCCCUUCGCUCUGGGUAGUGCCGCAGGCUUUACGUAACAGUGGUGGCUGGGGGGUCCCCGAACUCCCCACCCCGUCCCCAGCUGCCCUCCCAAACGCCCCCGCUCGCCUGUCGGCACCCGUCUCCGGGAGGGGAAACUGAGGCGUGGAGCUGAGAGCUGCGGGCAGGGGAGCGGAGAGCCUGAGGAGAGCCUGCAGCGAGCCCAGCCACCUCCCCGCCAUGGACGCCACGGACGUGCCCCUCCAGGCCGAGAUGGUGGAGCUGGUGCCCAAUGGGAAGCAUGCGACCGCGCUCACCGCCUCCGCCGUCCCCUCGCUGUCGGGUGACAGGUUUGAGGAGAACCAGUCUGGCACAGCGGAGAUGGAGGAGUUCCUGCCCCAUGGCGCCGAGAAGAAGCAGACGCACUUCACCGAUUUCGAAGGGAAGACGUCUUUUGGGAUGUCCGUCUUCAACCUGAGCAAUGCGAUCAUGGGCAGCGGCAUCCUGGGGCUGGCCUAUGCCAUGGCCAACACCGGCAUCAUCCUCUUCCUCUUCCUCCUGACGGCGGUGGCCCUGCUCUCCAGCUACUCCAUCCACCUGCUGCUCAAGUCCUCGGGCAUCGUGGGCAUCCGCGCCUACGAGCAGCUGGGCUACCGAGCCUUCGGCACGCCGGGGAAGCUGGCCGCGGCCAUUGCCAUCACGCUGCAGAACAUCGGAGCCAUGUCCAGCUACCUGUACAUUGUCAAAUCCGAAGUGCCUCUCGUCAUCCAGACCUUCCUCAACCUGGAGGAGAAGACCACGGACUGGUACAUGAACGGGAACUACCUGGUGAUCCUGGUUUCCGUCACCAUUAUCCUGCCCCUGGCCCUCAUGAAGCAGCUGGGCUACCUCGGCUACGCCAGUGGCUUCUCCCUCAGCUGUAUGGGCUUCUUCCUCAUCUCGGUCAUCUACAAGAAGUUCCAGAUCCCCUGCCCGCUCCCCGAGCAGGAGGGGAACCUCACGGGCAGCCUCAAUGUCACCCCUGUCAGCACCAGUGACUACCAGAAUGGCUACACCGUCCUCCAGGCGCCUGACCAGGGCACCUGCACCCCCAGCUUCUUCACCCUGAACUCCCAGACGGCGUACACCAUCCCCAUCAUGGCCUUCGCCUUCGUCUGCCACCCCGAGGUCCUGCCCAUCUACACCGAGUUGAAGAACCCCUCUAAGAAGAAGAUGCAGUGCAUCUCCAACAUCUCCAUCAUGGUCAUGUACCUCAUGUACUUCUUGGCCGCCCUCUUCGGCUACCUCACGUUCUACGGCCGGGUGGAGUCGGAGCUGCUGCACACGUACAACAAAGUGGACCCCUUCGACGUGCUCAUCCUGUGCGUGCGGGUGGCCGUGCUGACGGCUGUCACCCUCACCGUCCCCAUCGUCCUCUUCCCGGUGCGCCGGGCCAUCCAGCAGAUGCUGUUCCAAGGAAAGGACUUCAGCUGGAUCCGCCACGUCACCAUUGCCGUGGUCCUGCUGACCUUCAUCAACCUCUUGGUCAUCUUCGCCCCCUCCAUCCUUGGCAUCUUCGGCAUGAUCGGUGCCACCUCCGCUCCCUGCCUCAUCUUCAUCUUCCCCGCCAUCUUCUACAUCCGCAUCAUGCCCAAGGACAAGGAGCCGCUGCGCUCCACCCCCAAAAUCUUGGCUGCCUGCUUCGCCCUCCUCGGGGUGCUCUUCAUGGUCAUGAGCUUGAGCUUCAUCAUCAUCGACUGGGCCACAGGGGGGGAAGAGCGGCGGCAGCCACUAGCCAGCACCAGGUGCCCACGCCAACCUUCCCCCCACCCACCGGUGCCCCAGGGAGAGCCGGCCCCGGGCUCAGCCCCCGUGCCGUGGCCCUGCCGGGCUUCCCUGGGGACCUUCCGCCGUCGCUGCCCAUCACCCGCGGCGGUGGUGAGGGGGCAUGAGCCACGGCAGGUGCGGGGACCCCCCCGACCUGUGCCCGGGAUGGGGCAGCGAGCCCGGGGCAGGUGCUGUGCCCCCACCCCGCUCCAGCGGGUACCUUUCCUGCUCCGCGCCUCAGUUUCCCCAUCUGUAAAAUGGGGAGAAUAAUACUGCCCUACCUCACCGGGAGCUGGCUGUCAGGUGGAGGUCGUCUCUGCACACCCAGAGCCGCCAGCAGCGGGCACUGCCAGGGGCGCGGGGCACUGCCCACCGUGGGGGCCGAGGACCAGGGCACUUUUCUGGCCACCCCAGACAGCAUCAAGAGCCCUGACGAACAGUGUCUACGGGGGGCUGGAGUCUAGCGGGGUAGUCGGACCUGUGGCAGUGCCCAUGCCCAAGCCACCCACCCUCUUCCCCUGCCAUCCCCCCGGUCCCUGGCGAGAUGCCACCCCACUGCUGCGACAUCACGGGGGCACCCCGGCCCCCGCGGGCAAGUGUGGUCCUGCCACCGCGGCUGGCCGUACCCAGCCCGCUGCUCUUGAGCCUGCCGGGGGAACAGUUGGCUCUCGGUGCCCACGGAUGGGACGCCGGUGACCCCCAGGUCAUGCUUGGGGACUGGCCGCAUCGCUUUGGGGAGGUGGCAUGCCCACCGGGGGCUUGGUGCCCGCUGGCAUCCUGCCCAUGCUGUGGCUUGGCUGCCCGGGGCCUGGCCCCCCCAAGGGGUGCAGGUAGGGGGCUGGGAGCAGUGCUCACUGGGGACCAGCUCAGGGCUCUGGAGCCACCCCCCUGUCUGCAUGCCCAGAUGCCAGGGUGAUGGGCACCCCCACAACCCAAGCUGGCCCUGCUUGCCUUGCACCCAGGGCAAGCACCCAGGCCCCCCGCAGCCCUCUCCCAGUCACCCACCCACCCAUCCAUCCAUCCAUCCAUCCAUCCGUGCUGCUGGGAUGCCCCACACCAUGCCAAAACCCAGAGAGCAGCUCUCCCACCCCCCCACCUCCCUUCCCAGCAUGGGGGGGCAACCCGGCAGGGUGGGCAGCACAUCUGGGGGGGGCUGUCCUGCGGCAAAGUACAUAAGAGACGUAUUUUUUUACCAGGGUGGUGGAGGCUGGGAUGCUUUUUAUAAAUACUGUAUAUAAGAGUAGAUCUUUUUUAAUGUGUUGUGUUGCUCUGGGUAGCUCUGUAUAAUGUACAUAUCUAUAUGGGGGGGGGGGGGCCGCGACCCUGCACCAGUGAGGGGCACCGCUGCGGACCCUCACCGUCGCACCGGGGCUGUCGGCUGCAGCGCGUCCCCGGCGUCCCUGUCCCCAGCCCGGCUGCCCCGUGGCCACCCCUGCGCCAUGCUGGGGGGCGACGCUUUUAAAUUAUCCGUGGGGGCGAUGCCUGUGCUGGCGAGGAGGCCGGCCGGCAAAGCCCCUGGCAGUGAGAAUAAAGAUGUGAACGUG